AAAAAAAAAAAAAAAAGAAAAAAAACGCAGACUUAAAUAAAAACUUCAUUUUUAUCCAUCUUCUCUAGUUCUUAUUACUUGUCAUCUAUAACGUUACCAUUACCUCUAAAACAUAUUCUUCUAUUAACCUACUAUUGUUUCACCAAACAAUCAAUAUUUCCUAGAAAAAUCCGAGAGAAGAAUAUCACGGAUAAGAGUUCACUGAAGUCUUUCGUUUUCUCUUUUAAAAAGAAAAUUCUUUUUCUUUUUCUUCCACACACACACACACACACACACAUGAAACCUAUACAGAGAAUCGGAUCUAUAUCUUUAAAAAUAUAAUGUAAAUGAUCAAAUACAUCUAUAUACGUGUUACGUUAUAUUUGCUAGCAAAAUUGGUUGCUUAGCAGUACGUAGGGAAAGCCACCGGUAGGGGGUUGAUGGUGGGUAGCAGUUGCGAUAGGGAUGAUGAUGGCGCUCUACCUUCUCCGAAGGGGUUGAAAGAGUGAGGAGUAAUAGUGGUGGUAGUAUGAGGAGGGUGAACCAGUGAGACGGUGGGUGCGAGGAGAGACGCUUCGUCGGGUUUGUUGCAUACCACCGGCACCUACACCAAUACUCACACUACCCCCUAGACCCUCCAUCCCCCAUCCAUCCUCCCACUCCCCGCAAUCCCACCCAGUUACCCUUCUUACACCCUCAAUGGUUGGCGCCACUACCGCCACCAUACUACUUCAGGGUUGAUUUCAAAGCGUAGCACCGCACGGCUUUCAGUGCGCCGAGCGCGCUCCGAGCGAAUAGACGUGCGUGUUCUCGACUUGAAAAGACAUUCCUUAUCACUUUCGUAAGCUCUUUUCGCGUAAGGACUUCGCGUGAAAUCAGUUUUUCCACGUGACGUGAAAAACUAUUACGCUCGCGGUGUUCUAGCGAUUAUUAUUAUUAUUAUUAUUAUUAUUAUUAUUAUUGUUGUUGUUGUUAUUUUCUCGCUUAUUAUCUUGCCCUCUUUCUUUCUUUCUUUCUUUUCGGUCGAUUUUACUAUUUCUUUUCCUUUCUUUUUCUUUAUCAUUCUUUUAUUUUCAUUUUAUACGAAAGCAACGACAAAAUAGAAAAGAAAAAGUUCGAUAUGGAGACAGAUAGGGAGAGUGUCCUUUUAUUUUUAUAAGAAAGAGGAAAAAAGAGGGGAAAAAAAAAAGAAAGGAAAAAGAUGUUAAACCGUCUACGUCUUGUAUUCAAUUCUCGCGUAUUCCAUUCUCACCGUAAAUCAUAAACACGAAGAUGAAAUCAUAACACGAUGCCUAGUGUUUAUAUCGUGAUAAGAUUAUAUUCUUUUUUGUGACGAUACUUCUGCCGAAUUUAUCGAGAGAAAUAAAGACAGAGACACGAGGUGUUCGAUACUUCGUCGACUUUUUCUACGCAAGGACCCAGCGGGCAUCGAGAAUAGAGAAAAAAAAAAAAGAGAAAAAGAGAGAGAGAGAGAGAGAGAAAAAGAGAGAAAGAGAGAAAGAAAGAGGGAGAAGAAUAGACAUAAAAAUAGAAGGAAAAAGGAAAGAACGAGGAAGAUAAUGGGGGGAUGAUUUGGAGCUUUGUCAUUAAAGGAAACGACAGUGUUUUAAUAACGACCAGUGGGAGAGGUUCUGGUCCUUUUCAAAACUAUACGAGAAAUUCACGAGGAUUAAGUUGACGUUGAAGGGAAUCUAUAUACGUACGAAAUAGAGAAAAAGAGACAAAGAGAGAAAUAAAUAAAAAUAAAAAAAGAAAAGGAAAAAAAAAAAAAAAGAAAAGAAAAAUCAAUUGAUCGUAAGAACAUAUAAAGAAUUAUCGAGGUAUUGUUAUAACGGACACGUGAAAUACGUAUCAAUGGAUAGAGCAACGUCAAGGAAGUACGAUGAUAUAGAGAUCCCUUUGAUGCGAAUGGUUUCUCUGACUAGAGCCAGAGGCAGACAGUCCGUUGGUUCGAACGUAAUUUCGUGCUGCCCAGAAUAUGUCGGAUAGAUCCCAAGGACAGAGAAACGAGAAAAUAUAUAUGUAUAUAUAUAGGAAGGGUCUCACCUUUAAUAAGUGAAUCCCACGAGAAAUUAACGACCACCUAUGAAUCAGGAACGAGGGAUCAGCGAGUAAUAGUGGUCGUUGUCGUUGCUCGUAAUCCCAAGGAACAAGAUUACCUUGUUGGUGAGAGAAUACGUUCUCCUUGGCCGACUAUAACGAUGGAUGGAAUCGAAGUGGUUAUCUAAUAUAACAUCUUAAAUAAUAAAUUGGGAAGGGAGAGAAAGAGAGAGAGAGAGAGAGAGAGAGAGAGAGAAGGUGAGAGAGAAAAAUAAAGGGAACAUACGUAAAGAAGAAAAAAAUAGAAGGAGGUGGAAAAGGUGGGCUAUUUCGAAGGUUACCUUCGAAAAAUGUCACGUAUUUUGAGAAUACGCGCGAGAACGCGUCGGAAAUGACGGCCAACGCUUGGAUUGUCAUAGAUGAUAUUUUAUUCUCUCUCUCUCUCUCUCUCCGUCUCUCUCUUUCUAUUUCAUUCUUUCUUUCCAUUAUUGCCGUUCUCGAUGAACGCGAAAAUCGAAAGUAAAAUCCGUGGACGAGAGAGAAACGGGAGUAAGGGGAAAGGAAAUACGUAGGUACCGCAAGUAAAGCUCGUAGGAAAUUCAAGAACGGAGGGCCACGUAAAACCACGUCAUGGCGCUCUGACGUUACCGUGACAGGACUCGGAAAUGGCGAUGCUCUGAGGAUAGCACGUGAAGAGAGAGAGAGAGAGAGAGAGCGACAGAGAGAAAGAGACAGAGAGAGAGAGAGAGAGAGAGAGAGAGAGAGAGAUAGUGAGAAAGAGAGAAAGACAGACAGAAAGACAGACAGACAGAGAGCAUACGCGUGCUCAACUAUGUGUGUUCGCCAUCACGUCGGAAACGUUGCUGCUGCUGCUGCUGCUACUACUACUACUACUGCUAUUACUACUACUGCUGCUGCUGCUGCUGCUGCUGCUGCUACUACUGCUGCUGCUGCUGCUGCUGCUGCUGCUACUGCUACUGCUGCUGCUCGUGAUUAGCAGUGAUCCUCGGUAUAGUAGUAAACGUCCGUGUCUGUUCGGACCGAUUAUCUCACCUGCAGACAAUUAGACGGGAGUCCUCGAGUGAUUAAAGACGAAGCGAGUGUGUUUUUAGGGUAGGACAGGUGGGAGAGAGGAAAAACGAAUGAACGAACGAACGAACGUACGUACGUACGUACGUACGGCCGACAUAGAAAAGGUAAGAGCAGAAGGAUAAGAGACAACGAAGAGAAAAGAGAUAAAUAAUAUUUUCAAGAAUUCGAAAGGAUAAAAACGAAGAUACGAAAGCCCAAGAUACGAAGAGUAUGGUUAUUGAUUUUAUGAAUAAAAGUGUAUUAACGAAGGUUGAACGUUGAUCGUAAAAAAGAAAAAAGAAAAAGAAAAAGAAAAGAGAAAAGAAGAUAAAGAGGAAAAGAAUGAAAAGGGAUGAUAGAGUACGAUAAGAAAAUUCGAGUGAUUAAAAAGAACGUAUUUCCUCGAUUAUACAUUAUUUAAUAAUCGUUAGCGACAAUAUCGAUCGAUCGAACGAAUAGGUUAUACUAUUACAAGUAUAGUAACACCUAGGCAUGUGGUUGGUUAGCUCAACUAAAGGACAAUCGGCUUUACUACUUGUCGAGUAAUAGUCAGGGGUACGUUGCAUGGUCAACGGGAUCACCGCGGUCCAAAUGGAAAGCUAAUAGUCACGCGUUUGUCGUGCAUGCUACGUGAAGUGUUGGUGUUAGUGGUGGUGUUGGUGGUGUUGAUGGUGGGAGUGGUGGUGGUGGUAGUAGAAGCAGCAGAAGCAGAAGCAGAAGUAGAAGUAGAAGUAGCAUCAGCAGUAGAGAUAGUGGUUACUUCUUCGUCCGAUCUACGGCGAUGGCGACGAUGACGACGACGACGACGACGACGACGACGACGACGAUGACGACGAAGAAGGUGGCAAAGAGAGAACGAUAAAGUGGGCGGUUACGAGGAGUCUACUGAAACGGGAGCUUGUUCCCGUGGAUAGAAGAAGGAAAGAGAAUAAGAGAAUUGAAACUCUGCUAGAACGUGCUGGAAGAAGAAGAGAACAGCGGUGGGAGACAACGGUCGUGAGGAGGGUAGAAGCAGAAGGGGGAAGAAGAAGAAGAAGAGGAAGAGGAAGAAGAAGAAGAAGAAGAAGAAGAAGAGGAGGAGAAGGAGGAAGAGGAGAAUACGAGGGCGGUCACGAGGGAAAGGGACUUGAACGUAGAGAAGUUUCCGUCUGUCCGAAGUGGAUGGGGGUGAAAAUGUUCCGAGUGUUGCUGGCAUGUGUCUGGCUGGUUGCCGGCAGCCCGUUACAUCCCUGGCCGCUAAUACCCCAAAGAGCCGGUAUAACCAGAGACAGUUACAUCAGACAUUAUAGUCCAGCGUGGUACGAUAUUGCAGCACUGAGGGAACAUCGAGCAAGAAAUCGUCGUGACACUUCAACUUCCGGUCGGUCAAAGGACGCAACGUUGAAUCUACGCCUUCGCGCUCUCGACAGAGAAUUUAAGAUGAGACUUGUAAGAGACACAAGCCUUUUCCAUGAAGAGACAACUUUCGAAGGAUCGAACGACCGAAAUAUUGCCUUCGAUCCUUCCCACACGUACAGCGGCACGUUGGAGGACGACGAAAAUUCAUUGGUCCAUGGUAUCGUCACUACUGAGGGCCUAUUCGAUGGGACAAUAUUUACAGCCUCCGAUGAGAUUUACAUCGAACCAGCCAGCAGAUAUUCAUCCUCAUCCUCGGAUUGUCAUAGAUUGUCUUUUGAUAAUGACAAUCAUUGUGGAAAUAAAUCCGAUGAUCUACGUCAUCAUCAUACGAUCGCAUAUCGCUCCAGAGACGUCUCCGUUUUGCCAACCCAAUCGUGUGCCAGCGAAGAACUUUUUCAUCAGAACGAUCGUAAUCGAUCGAGGAACAGCAACGAGACGGGAAAGAACGGAUAUAUUCUUGCUGGUGGCACAAUGCGACCGUUUUAUCAGCACGUAAACGAGGGGACGAAUCGUGCGAAGCCAGGAUUCUAUCCGAUGGAUGCUAGGAAGAAGGACCCCAUGGCGAGUUCCCAUAAUCUCGAGCUUCUCGACAAAUUGUACAGAGAGAGAUAUUCACGGAUCUUAAGGAAGAGAACGUCAAUCGAUCCAAAGAAGACUACUUGCAUGUUGUAUCUCCAAGCGGAUCAUACGUUCUUCGAACAUUACAAAUCGGAAGAGGCGUGUAUAGAAGUGAUGACUCGUCAUGUACAACGUGUAAAUUCAAUCUACAGACACACAGAUUUUAAUCAGGAUGGACAACCGGACAAUAUCAGUUUUAUGAUAAAACGCGUUAAGGUUCACGGAGAGGAAGCAUUGCAUGAUCCAUCCUAUAGAUUUACGGGUGACUACGGAGUCGAGGAAUUCCUCGAGCUAUUUUCCGAAGAAGAUUACGACGCAUUUUGUCUUUCCUACAUGUUUACCUAUCGUGAUUUCGAAAAGGGUACGCUGGGCCUCGCUUGGACAGGUGAUCUCAAGAACGCAGGUGGAGUUUGCGAGAAAAAUGGGCAUUAUAGAGGUAGCAUGAAAUCUCUCAACACUGGCAUAAUCACCCUACUCAACUACGGGAAGCACGUACCACCGACGGUUUCUCACGUUACCCUCGCACACGAGAUCGGCCACAAUUUUGGAUCUCCUCAUGAUCCGGACGAGUGCUCACCAGGCGGAGAGGAUGGGAAUUUCAUAAUGUUCGCAAGGGCUACGAGUGGCGACAAGCGGAACAACAAUCGAUUCAGUCCGUGCAGUCUCGUCUCCAUAAACCCUGUCUUAAAUGCCAAGGCUCGUUCAUCAAAAGGAUGUUUCGCUGAGCCUCAGUCGGCCAUUUGCGGAAACGGCGUGGUGGAAGAGGGUGAGGAGUGCGAUUGUGGAUGGGAGGAGGACUGCAAUGAUCCUUGUUGCCACCCUCAACGGCUCCAUCAUGUCCCUCAUGAGAUACCUUGUCGCCUUGCCGAUGGCGCAGUUUGCAGUCCCAGUCAGGGACCGUGCUGCACGUCGGCUUGUACUUUACGCAGCGGGGACAAGUGCAGGGACGACAACGGAUGCAGGGACGCGAGCUUUUGCGACGGCCGAGGUCCCCAGUGUCCGCCAUCCAUCAACAAACCCAACAAGACCAUAUGCAACGAGGAGUUCGUCUGCUACAUGGGGGAAUGCACCGGCAGCAUUUGCCUGGCUUACGGUUUGGAAUCCUGUCAGUGUAUCGCAGGACCAGAGGAUCCACCGACCAAGAGCUGUGAACUCUGCUGUAAAUUACCAGGAGAGGAUCAACCGUGCUUGUCGUCCUUUGCUUGGAAUUCAGCUCCUUACGAUAUACCGGACAUGCUUUCAAAACCUGGUACACCUUGCAAUGACUACAAUGGUUACUGCGACGUUUUUCAAAGAUGCCGAGAGGUUGAUCCAAGUGGCCCUCUGGCCACCUUAAGAAGGCUUCUUCUAUCUGAUGCAAGUCUUGCUAACUUUCAACGAUGGAUUAUCGAUCGUUGGUAUAUAGUUGCCUUGAUGAUUCUCCUUCUGCUAUCCAUAUUGUGCGUGGUUACGAGGCUGCUAAGUAAACGGCGAGUCCCACGUAUGAAAAUUCUUCCAACGUCACAGGAAACACGAGAGGAGAUCGUAAGAAGGGAAGAAUCUUUGUCAAAAGAUCAUGCAACAUCAAACGUUGCUAAGAUAAGAUCGAUGAACAUUUCGCACAUCAAAAAGCGUAUAGUCGAAACUAUGAAAAGCAUCGUAUCGCCGCGUGGUAAGAGAAACGACGAAGAGUCCUUGCGGGCGAGUACCUGUAUCUCCAGGAUUCUACGUAUUUUAGAAAAGGACGCUACUCGAGCGGUCGAUCGUUCGGAAAAGCAGAGCUUGAACGAGAUCGAGGAGGUGGAAGGUAAAAGGAGGAAAAAUAGAACCGAGAAGAGACGAGAGAAAAGGAGAAAAGAAAUGGAAGAGGAAGAAUCGGAAAAAAAAGAAAAUAGGAGAAUACUUCUUCCUCGUGUCGAGUGCCAGAUGAACGAGAGAAAUCUGGGAAGAUGGCGGAGAAUCUCUAUUCUUCUAUCGGGAAGAACUAUUCCAAGGAACUUGACUUCCUCGGAGGCAAAGAUAACGGCAAGCUCGUACAACGUCGAAAGCGGAGUUUGUAAAAAUUCGACGAAUUAUCAGAGCGAACCAUUGGUUGUGCCGGACACGCCCGAUACGCCGAUCGAUACAGUCGAAGGAAGAAUGCAAACGUCAGAUUUGACGGUCCUCUUACCAGAAAGUUAGUCGUGGGAUAUUUUUCUUUUAUUCGACUUCUUUAUUACAUUAUUGAUGAACUGCAAAGUCGGAUAUAAUUGUGUAUCUCUGAAGAGCUUGUAAAUAUUGUAUAUAUUCGUCAAAUCGAUUAGUAUAUAUUCAUGUCGAUCGUAGAACAAAGCAUCUAGAAUUCAAAAUAAGAAUGAUGAUGAUGAUGAUGAUGAUGAUGAUGAUGAUGAUCGAAUAAUCUGGAUAAGAAUGAUUCGUAUUUUAAUCGAGUAUAGAAGCGGACCAAUCGUAGAGGAGGUCGUCCCGAAGUUUAGUGUCGGUGUAUGUAUGCGUUUAGAAGAAUGUAUAAGCAAUCUCGAUCAUUAUUGUAAAAAAAAAAAAAAAUAUAAAUCAUAUGCUACAAAUUCACUAUAUA